AUGUCGUCCUCCGGGGUAACCGGAUCGGAACAACUCAAUCGUCUUUCUUGCAAGAGAUGUAAGGAACGUAAAGUCCGAUGCAAUCGUGUUAUGCCACAGUGUGGUCGCUGCAAGCCAAAUGAUCUAGAAUGUGUGUAUCCCGUCCGGGUCAAGAGGAGGUCUGCGCGGCCAUUGAUCGACCCAGCCCUCUCGGUGGACGGCUCCAAUGCUGCUCUUUCUACUAUCCUUGAUCGCCUGCAACGCCUUGAGGCACAGACUGUAGCUGGGUCUUCAUCCACCAACGGCCAAUCGAUACCAACACCCUCUGGCGAUGGCUCUGAGGUGUCCUCCUCGCCGGUGGCUUUUAGCACUAAUGGUCAUGAGUCCAGUGCUUUAACGCCUCAUAAUUCUGACCGUGAGAUAGAUGCUAUGACUGUUCUGAAAGAUGCAGUCGACCAAGUUCAGGAGCUGAGGAAGAGGUCGUUUGGCUCUACCGCCAUUACCAGUUCGAUAGACAUUCCCACAGACUUGGCCAAGACUUGGGUUGCCAACUACUUUCAGCACAUGCCUGCUUGCAUGUUCCUAGGCUUAUUGGACAGGCGAAUUAUCGACUUGAUUCCUGACAUUAUCAAUCUACCACACAUCCAUGUCGACCCGGUCAUUCUUGUCAUAUACUAUAGCAUAAUGUAUCAUGGCUGCAGUCUAAAAGCGAGCAACGUUACUUCGACUUCAAGUCUCGGGUACAUGAACUCGAGCUACCUGGGAUGUUUGCGUGCCGUGCCUAGCUGGGAGCGAGAGGCAUCAGGGACCAUGACGGAUCUCAUCGCCGCUCUGUUCACAAGCCGCGUGGCUGCUGAGUUCUUCGAUUACGACCUUGCUUGGAGGAUGUUUAAACAAGCAUGCGAAUAUUGCCAGACCCUCAACCUUCACAAGCUAGACUCGGAUGAAAAUAACACGUUUUUUAGCGAGGCCAAAUGUGAUAAUGAGAGGAGAGGAUUCUGGGAAGUCAUCCAAAUUGACCUCUUCUACCGACUCAUCCUCAAUACCCCUCCAGUGAUCACGAAUGACAUAUGGAAAGUCAAUCUACCAUGGCUGGACCCUGAUUCGGACCCUUUGCCGCAAGGGAUGCAGACAAUCGCAUUCUUGGCCAGUUCCAGAGUCAGUCUUGUGAUCGCCAGGUUCUUUGCUAUGCUUGAUGACCCAGAAAACACCACCAAGCCUGAGAUCGUAGCCAAGACGGAAGACCUUUGUCGCGAGAUGCAACAGAUCUUCACCGAGUGGCAGCUAAAGGUGCUCAAGAUAACGAACAAGACAUCUGGGUCGUAG